CAGUAGUUGUCAUCACCCCUACUCCCAUCUCUCCCUCCAAAAAAAAUUUGAUAGUAAUAAUAAGAGGAGAAAAAAAGAAAAAAAAAAACAUUAGGCCAUGAAAUUUUUUUCAGCCAUUUUGUUGGUCCUCUGCCUUUGCAUGGCACCUCAGCGCCUGGACGCGGCCGGGGCUGCACAAGAGGAGGGACUAGGCAUGAUACAGAAAAUGUGUGCACAAACUAACUACAAAGACCUUUGCAUCACCUCCCUGACUUCUGACCCCAACAGCUUCCCUGCCGACAAGAUGGGGCUAGCCUUGGUUGCCCUCCGCCUUGCCUCCUCCAAUGCCUCCGACAUAUCGGAGAGCAUCAAGGUGAUGCUCAACGAAACGAGCCAAAAUAAUGAGCCUACAGUACAACAAGCUCUGUUUGAUUGCCUUGAUGAGUAUCUAGAAGCAUCUCAACAACUUGACGACUCCAUUGCUGCAAUUAUCGCCAAGGCCUAUGGCGACGUGCAGGAAUGGGUGCGUGUGGCAGUCACCAAUGUGCGCACGUGUGAGAGCUCAUUCCCGACGAAGCCGUCUGUGCUGACACCAAGGAACGAGGAGUUUAUUAAGCUAUGUGACAUUGCACUAUCCAUCACCAAGAUUGCAGAAACCAAUUAACUAUAUAAAUUUAUAGUUUUUUUUUCUACCUUUUUCAUGGAAGAUUGGAGCAAAAUGGCUGGUUUUGGCUAUUCUUUAUAUGGUGAAGCUUUUUCAUUAUGUGUUUCUUUUUUCUGUUUGAGAUAUAGUUCCUCUGUUUAGGAUGAGGAGUUGCUAAUUGGUGUAUUAUUAUUGUUUCAAUGGGGAGGGAGAUAUUGAAGUUGGACACAAACACAAAACUCUUUUUUAAAAGGUUUUGUGGAUAAUGGCCGUCUCUAUUUUUUUUCAUAUAUUUGAACUUUUGUCUAAUUUUAUAUAUUAAAAUUGCAUUUAUAUGCCAUGCAAAU